GUCCACUUGGCUGAAUUGGGAGUCGCGACCUCUGGCACAGGAUGUGGUGUCAUAGGUUGUCCCACCUACAAAGCAGGCUCCAGGACCUGCUGAGGGGACGGGUCACACAUUGGGCCCUUCAACAGUCCAACUUCAAAAGCUUAUUUCCACUAGCCAUCUAUUGGCACCAUACAGCCUCCAAGUCUCUGAAUUGUGUUUGGCAGCAACAUGAAGAUCAUUUUGAACUGCAAUAUGCUAACAAUGUGAUGCGCUUUGAUUAUGUCUGGCUUCGAGACCACUGCCGCUCAGCGUCUUGCUACAACUCUAAGACUCACCAGCGUAGCCUAGACACUGCCAGCGUGGAUUUAUGUAUCCAGCCAAAGACCAUUCAUCUGGAUGAGACCACACUCUUUUUCACUUGGCCAGAUGGUCAUGUGACUAGAUAUGAUUUGGAUUGGCUCGUGAAAAACAGCUAUGAAGGGCAGAAACAAAAGGUCAUCCAGCCUAGAAUCUUAUGGAAUGCUGAAAUCUACCAGCAAGCCCAAGUUCCAGCUGUAGAUUUCCAGACGUUCUUAGAAACGAAGGAGGGACUGAAGAACUUUCUGCAGAACUUUCUGCUCUAUGGAAUUGCUUUUGUGGAAAAUGUCCCUCCUACUCAGAAACACACAGAGAAGGUGGCAGAAAGGAUCAGCUUGAUCAGAGAAACCAUCUACGGAAGGAUGUGGUUUUUCACUUCAGACUUCUCCAGAGGUGACACUGCAUACACCAAGCUAGCUCUGGAUCGGCACACUGACACCACCUAUUUUCAAGAGCCCUGUGGCAUUCAAGUGUUUCACUGUCUUAAGCAUGAAGGAACAGGUGGCAGGACACUGCUAGUUGAUGGAUUCUAUGCAGCAGAACAGGUACUUCAAAAGGCACCUGAGGAAUUUGAACUCCUCAGUAAAGUGCCAUUGAAGCAUGAAUAUAUUGAAAAUGUUGGAGAAUGUCAAAACCACAUGAUUGGGGUUGGACCAGUCUUAAAUAUCUACCCAUGGAAUAAAGAGCUCUAUUUGAUCAGGUACAACAACUAUGACCGGGCUGUCAUAAAUACUGUACCUUAUGACGUUGUCCAUCGUUGGUAUACAGCACACCGGACCUUAACCAGAGAGUUGAGGAGACCUGAGAAUGAGUUUUGGGUCAAACUCAAGCCUGGCAAGGUCCUAUUUAUAGACAACUGGCGUGUCCUACAUGGCAGGGAAUCCUUCACAGGCUACCGCCAACUCUGUGGCUGCUAUUUAACAAGGGAUGAUGUACUAAACACUGCUCGUCUCUUGGGCCUUCAGGCUUAA